CGAGACAAAAACGCGGGAACGUGCGCACGUUUCCCGCCCUCGCUCAUAAACAAUACAGACAAUUUAAUUUUAAAGUUUUUUUUUUAAAUCGACUUGACAAUAACCUUGUUCGCGUAUAUUUUUUUUGUAUUUAUGUGCUAAAGUGACUGAACGUAAAGGAUUUUCUCAAGAUGUUGCUGCCUCUUCUCUUGCUGUUGUCUGCUGGGGGGUCGCUCCCGCAAACGGUGGACCCCUCGCUGCUGGUGGACAUAUUCGGGACCCCCGCCCCAGUCACCCGCCCUUCCAACCUGCCCCCCAGACUUGAAGACAUAACCGUGAAGCCGACAGUGAGCGGCGCGACGUUCACCAACAGCCAGGGCGAGGAGUGCCAAUGUGUGCCGUAUUACCUGUGCGAUAGGGACAAUAUUGGCGUGAACAUUAACAACGUCAGCGUUACCGGCUUCGGGGUCCUGGAUGUUAGAUUUGGCGCCAACGACGAGUGCCAAGAGAGCGUGGAGAAAUGCUGCAAGAACGUCCUGCCUGAGCCUGAGCCAGUAGUGCCUGACCCCGCGCAGCUGAAGGGCUGCGGCUACAGAAACCCCAACGGGCUGGACUUCCAGAUCACUGGCGGCAAUGGUAACGAGGCGCAGUUCGGCGAGUUCCCGUGGGUGGUGGCGCUGCUGGGCGCGGACGGCGGCUACGCGGGCGUGGGCGUGCUCAUCCACCCGCAGGCCGUGCUCACCGGAGCACACGUCGCGGCCAAGUUCGAAGUUGAUCUUGAAGAAUCUGGCGAAUCUGACUCCGACGAUGAAGAAGAUGAUUCUGGUGGAUUUUAUUUGCCGUUCUCGCCGAACUCGCUAAUAGCGCGCGCAGGGGAGUGGGACACGCAGACCAACAAGGAGCGGCUCAAGUCGCAGGAGAGAGUCGUGGACGGCAUCUUCAUCAGAGAAGACUUCAAUGCCAAGAAUCUGAAGAAUGACGUGGCGCUGUUGCAUCUGCAGACGCCGUUCGAGUUGGACCAGCACAUCAACACGCUGUGCCUGCCCGAGCAAGACGAGGACUUUGACUCCUACCGCGGAUGCAUCGCCAACGGCUGGGGCAAGAGUGUCUUCGGCAAGCAAGGCCGCUACGCAGUCAUCCUCAAGAAGGUGGAAGUGAACAUGGUGCCGUUCGACCGCUGCGGCGCGCUGCUGCGUAAGACACGUCUCGGCGUCAACUUCCGCCUGCACCACAGCUUCGUCUGCGCGGGGGGGGAGGAGGGCAAGGACACGUGUCAGGGCGACGGUGGCGCCCCCCUCGCGUGCCCCGUGGGCAAGGACCGCUACAAGCUGGCGGGGCUGGUCGCGUGGGGCAUCGGCUGCGGGCAGCGGGACGUGCCAGCGGUGUACGCGCGCGUCGCCAUGUUCCGCAAGUGGCUGGACGGCAUCAUGCGCGGCUGGGGCCUGGAGACCGGCUCCUACACUAUCUGACGACACUGGCUCCUGUACUACAAGCUCCUACACUAUGUCACGACACUAGCUUCUGUACUACAAGCUCCUACACUAUCUGACGACACUAGCUCCUGUACUACAAGCUCCUACACUAUCUGACGACACUAGCUCCUGUACUACAAGCUCCUACACUAUCCGAAGACACUAGCUUCUACGCUAUCUGUCUACUCUAGCUCCUACACUAUCUAACGAGACCGGCUUCUACACUAACUGUCGACACUAAGAGCUCCUACACUAUCUUACGAGACUAACUUCUAUACUACGAGUAUCUGACGAUAUAACAUACAUUAGUAUGUGUGUUCGAUAGGCAGUGUAGUAACACUAUCUAACAAUAUCGCGAACUCUUCCACUAUCUAACGAGACUAGCUCCUACGCUGUCUGAUAACACUGGCUCCUACACUAUCCGUCAGCAAGCUCCUCCACUAUCCGUCGACACCAGCUCCACUAUUUAACAAGACUAGCACUAUCUGUGGAAACUAGCUCCUACACUAUCUAACAAGAGCUUUUCCACUAGUAGCUCCUGUACUAUCUCAAAAGACCAGCUUUCACCGGUCACAGAAAACAUACUUGUACGUCAAAACAAUUAUAAUAUGCAGUUGACAGCUGUCAAAGCAGGAGCAUUCCAUCAGCUACCCUUUCAUCCCUUAAAAAUAUCCUUCGAGAUAAAAUACCAGACGAAAAAAAAAUCCAAAUCAAUCAAGCCGAUUUUGAUUUUUGAAUGAAUGAACAACCCUUCAUGAACUAUGGAACAAUAAAAAAAAAAAACAAAUAUUAAAAAAAAUUACUAUAAAAUACUCUGAUCUAUGGCAAUACUCUUUAAAUAAUUAAAAAAAAGGAAUAAAAUAACGCGGCAUCUAGAUUUAUUAAAUUUAAAUUUUGUAAAAUAUUUUUAAGCUGUUUGUGAUUUUCUAUCUUAUUUUUACAUAAUAAAAUGUUUCUACAAAUAAUAA